AUGAAGUCAAUAAUCAUUGCCUCUCUUGUCGCCUUGGCGAUUGCCGCCUCUCCGGCUCUUGACCGUACUUUCUCCCCAAAGAGCGAAUACGUCUACAAAUUUGACGGACUUCUUCUCUCUGGACUCCCAACUACAUUUUCCGAUGCUUCCCAAACCCUGAUUUCUUGCCGUACCCGUCUUCAAGCUGUUGAUGAUCGUUACAUUCAUCUUCAAUUGAUUGAUAUUCAGUACUCUGCUUCCCACAUUCCACAAUCUGAGCAAUGGCCAAAAAUCGAAUCUUUGGAGCAACGUGAGCUUUCCGAUGAGCUCAAAGAGCUUCUUGAGCUUCCAUUCCGUGCUCAAAUCAGAAAUGGACUUGUUUCUGAGAUCCAAUUUUCUUCCGAAGAUGCCGAGUGGUCCAAGAACGCCAAGAGAUCGAUUCUCAAUCUUUUCUCUCUCCGCAAGUCUGCUCCAGUUGAUGAGAUGAGCCAAGAUCAGAAAGAUAUGGAAUCCGACAAAGAUUCUCUUUUCUUCAAUGUUCAUGAAAAGACCAUGGAAGGAGACUGCGAAGUCGCUUACACCAUUGUUCAAGAGGGAGGGAAGACCAUCUACACCAAAUCUGUCAACUUCGACAAAUGCAUCACUCGCCCAGAGACUGCUUAUGGUCUUCGUUUUGGAUCUGAGUGCAAGGAAUGCGAGAAGGAGGGACAAUUUGUUCAGCCACAAACUGUCUACACCUACACCUUCAAGAACGAGAAAUUGCAAGAAUCUGAGGUUAAUUCUAUUUACACUUUGAAUGUCAACGGACAAGAGGUUGUCAAGUCUGAGACUCGCGCCAAGGUCACUUUCGUCGAAGAAAGCAAGAUCAAUAGAGAGAUCAAGAAGGUCUCUGGACCAAAGGAGGAAAUCGUCUACUCCAUGGAAAACGAGAAGCUUAUUGAGCAAUUCUACAAACAAGGAGACAAAGCUGAGGUCAACCCAUUCAAGGCUAUCGAGAUAGAGCAAAAAGUUGAGCAACUUGAAGAGAUCUUCCGUCAAAUUCAAGAGCACGAGCAGAACACCCCAGAAACUGUCCACCUUAUUGCCCGCGCCGUCCGCAUGUUCCGCAUGUGCACCAUCGAAGAACUCAAGAAGGUUCACACCACCAUCUACACUAAGGCCGAGAAGAAGGUUCAACUUGUCAUUGAAACCACAUUGGCUGUGGCUGGAACCAAGAACACCAUUCAACACUUGAUUCAUCACUUCGAGAAGAAGAGCAUCACACCAUUGAGAGCUGCUGAGCUUCUUAAAUCUGUCCAAGAAACUCUUUACCCAAGUGAGCACAUUGCUGACCUUCUCAUCCAACUUGCCCAAUCGCCACUCUCUGAGAAGUACGAACCACUUCGUCAAUCUGCCUGGCUCGCCGCAGGAUCUGUUGUUCGUGGAUUUGCUUCAAAGACCCAAGACCUUCCAUUGAUCCGCCCAGCAUCUAGACAAACCAAGGAAAAGUACGUUCGCGUCUUCAUGCAACACUUCCGUAACGCUGACUCCACAUACGAGAAGGUUCUUGCUCUUAAGACCCUUGGAAACGCGGGAAUCGACCUUUCCGUCUAUGAGCUUGUUCAGCUUAUCCAAGAUCCACGUCAACCACUUUCCAUCCGCACUGAGGCUGUAGAUGCUCUUCGUCUUCUCAAGGACGUUAUGCCACGCAAGAUCCAGAAGGUUCUCCUUCCAGUCUACAAGAACCGUCAAAACAAGCCAGAGCUCCGUAUGGCUGCUCUUUGGAGAAUGAUGCACACCAUUCCAGAAGAACCAGUUCUUGCUCACAUCGUUUCCCAAAUGGAAAACGAAUCCAACCAACACGUUGCUGCCUUCACCUACAACGUCCUCCGUCAAUUCUCCAAGUCUACCAACCCAUGCUACCAACAAUUGGCUGUUCGUUGCUCCAAGGUUCUUCUCUUCACCCGUUAUCAACCACAAGAACAGAUGCUCUCCACCUACUCCCAACUUCCACUUUUCAACUCUGAGUGGCUCUCCGGAGUUCAAUUCGACUUCGCCACCAUUUUCGAGAAGAACGCUUUCUUGCCAAAGGAAGUUCAAGCAUCAUUCGAAACCGUCUUCGGAGGAAACUGGAACAAAUACUUCGCUCAAGUUGGAUUCUCUCAACAGAACUUUGAGCAAGUCAUCCUCAAGACCCUCGAAAAACUUUCUCUUUACGGAAAGCAAUCUGAUGAACUCCGUUCCCGUCGUGUCCAAUCUGGAAUCCAGAUGCUUCAAGAGAUUGUCAAGAAGAUGAACAUCCGUCCACGUGUCCAACAAACCGAUUCUCAAAAUGCUCACGCUGUUUUCUACCUUCGCUACAAGGAGAUGGACUACAUCGUUCUUCCAAUUGACAUGGAAACUAUUGACAAUGUUGUUGAGAAGUAUGUCAGAAACGGGGAGUUUGACAUCAAAUCCCUCCUCACUUUCUUGACCAACGACUCCAAGUUCGAGCUUCACCGUGCUCUCUUCUUCUACGAGGCUGAACGCAGAAUUCCAACCACCAUUGGAAUGCCACUCACCAUUUCUGGAAAGAUGCCAACUAUCCUCUCUAUCAACGGAAAGGUUUCAAUUGAGCUCGAGAAGCUUGGAGCUCGUCUUGUUCUUGAUAUCGUUCCAACUGUUGCCACCACCCACGUCACUGAGAUGCGCUUCUGGUAUCCAGUCAUUGAACAAGGAGUCAAGUCACUUCAAUCUGCUCGUCUCCACACUCCAUUGAGAUUCGAAUCAACUGUUGAAUUGAAGAAGAACACUCUCGAAAUCACUCACAAGUUUGUUGUCCCAGAGAACAAGAAGACCACUGUUUCCGUUCAUACCCGCCCAGUUGCUUUCAUCCGUGUUCCAAAGAACCAAGACUCUGAAUAUGUUGAGGCUGAAGAGAAGACUAUUUCCCACUCACAAUACCAAAUGUCUACUGAAGAGAUUGAUCGUCAAUAUGAGACCUUUGGACUCAGAAUCAAUGCCCAAGGAAAUGUUCUUUCCCAAUGGACUCUUCCAAUGGUCUUGAUGACUGAACAAGAUUUCGAGUUCACUCUUGAGAACAAAAACCGUCCAGUUGAGUUCACAGCUCGCGUCACUAUUGGAAACCUCGAGAAGACUGAUCUUUCCGAGAUCAAGUUCGACAAGAUCUUCGAAAAAGAAUUCGACCUUGAGAACAACGAAUCUGAGAACCGCCGCCAAUACUUCCACAAGAUGAUCCGUGAGAUUCAAUCCGAGCAAGGAUUCAAGAAUCUUAUUACCCUCAAGCUUGAGGCUCCACAACAAAUGUACUGGAACACUGAACUUCGUACCGUCUGUGACAAAUGGAUCCGUAUGUGCAAGGUUGAGAUGGAUGCUCGUCGCUCUCCAAUAGAGCACGAGAACAAGGAAUGGACUCUUCGUACUGAGCUUCUUGCUGCCCGCCCACAAAUGCCAUCAUCCCUCCGUCAACUUCGUGAGCAACCACACCGUGAGGUUCAACUUGCACUCAACGCCAAGUGGGGAUCAUCAAAGAAGAGCGAGAUCACCUUCAAUGCUCAACUCGAACAAUCCACGGAACAAAAGAAGUUCCUCCGCAACAUCGAGCGUGAGUACAAGGGAAUUCCAGAGUACGAACUUUUGAUCAAGGCUGCUCGUCUUAACCAAGUCAAUGUUGUCUCUGAGUACAAGCUCACCCCAGAGUCUGAAUACACUUUCUCCCGCAUUUUCGACCUUAUCAAGGCAUACAACUUCUGGACUGUUUCUGAGAAGCGUGUCCAAAACGAGGAUCGCCGCGUCGUUCUUCAACUUUCUGUUGAGCCACUUUCCCGCCAAUACAUGAACAUGACCAUCCAGACUCCAGAACAAGAAGUUGAGUUGAAGAAUGUUCGUAUUCCACGCGUCGUUCUCCCAACUAUUGCUCGUCGUGCCAUGUUCCAACAAACCUGGGAAAAGACCGGAGCCACCUGCAAGGUUGACCAAUCUGAGGUUUCUACCUUUGACAACGUGAUCUACCGUGCUCCACUCACCACCUGCUACUCUCUUGUUGCCAAGGAUUGCUCCGAACAGCCAAGAUUCGCUGUUCUUGCCAAGAAGAUCAACAAGAACUCUGAGGAGCUUCUCGUUAAGGUUGUCCGCCGUGAGGAAGAAAUUGUUGUGAAGAAGUCUGACGAUAAGUUCCUUGUCAAGGUUGACGGAAAGAAGGUUAACCCAACUGAACUUGAACAAUACAAUAUCGAAAUUCUUGGAGAUAACCUUAUUGUUAUUCGUCUUCCACAUGGAGAGGUUCGUUUCGAUGGAUACACUGUCAAGACCAACAUGCCAUCCGUUGCUUCACAAAACCAACUUUGCGGACUUUGCGGAAACAAUGACGGUGAGAGAGACAAUGAGUUCAUGACCGCUGACAACUACGAAACUGAGGAUGUUGAGGAAUUCCACCGCUCUUACCUUCUCAAGAACGAAGAAUGCGAAGUUGAGAAAGACCGCAUCUCCGAGAAGAAGAACUACAAAAACAAAUGGAACAGAGAAGAGAAGAAGUCCGACUACGAGAGCAGCUCCGACUACGAGAGCAACUACGAUGAAAAGGAAACUGAGAAGGAACUCGUCAAGAAGACCCUCAUCAAGGAGUUCUCCAACCGCGUCUGCUUCUCCAUCGAGCCAGUCUCUGAGUGCCGCCGUGGACUCGAAUCCGAGAAGACUUCCAACAAGAAGAUCCGUUUCACUUGCAUGCCACGCCACAGCAAGAACGCCCGCCGUUUCUUGAAGGAGGCCCGUGAGCAAACCGUCGCCGACUUGGUCGAUUUCCCAGUCUCCUUUGUUGAGUCUGUCAAGAUCCCAACCGCCUGCGUUGCCUAUUAAAUUCACAUUUAUCAUGUUUUAGUCCAUAAUAAAUUUUCACACUAGAAUACUAUUCAUUACACAUUCUUGUAUUCUGAAAAACUACCAUUUUUGACAUUUCUGAAUGUUCAUAAAAAAAUGUACA